AUGUUAGCGGUUACCCUAACUCCCUUUCUUCCCGCCAAACCCUCCCCCUCCCGCCAACUCCGUCUCUACAAACGCCGCCGACUCAAAAUCAAAGCCUCUUUCCCACUCCCGUCACCGUCGCCGUUUGAGGAUCUCUUCACCACGUUGAUCUCUCAAUGUCCCUCCGUUAACUCGCUCGAUUUCAUCGUUCCCGCUUUAGGUUUAUCCUCCGGCGCCGCUCUUUUCUUCUCCCGCUUCAAAUCCACUCGAAUUCCCGAUUCCGAUUCCGAUGCCGGAGAAUGGAUCCUCUUUGCAUCCCCCACGCCGUUUAACCGUUUUGUUAUGCUUCGGUGUCCUUCGAUAUCGUUUAAGGAAAGCCGCGGUGAGGUUAACGAGAGGUUAGUGAAGGAGGAGAAGCAUUACGUGACGGUUAACAGAGGUAAAGUUAAUGCCAAGAAGAAGGAGAAGGUUUUUGAUUCGGGUGAAUUGAGUUAUCAGAGAGUGUGUUUGAGUGCGCCUGAUGGAGGUGUGGUUUCGUUGGAUUGGCCGGUUGAUUUGGAUUUGGAAGAGGAGAGUGGUUUGGAUUCGACGUUGUUGCUUGUGCCGGGGACUCCUCAAGGGAGUAUGGAUGAUGAUAUAAGGUUUUUUGUGGUUGAAGCUCUUAAGAGAGGGUUUUUCCCUGUUGUUAUGAAUCCUAGAGGAUGUGCUUCUUCACCACUCACCACUCCAAGGUUAUUUACCGCUGCUGACAGUGAUGAUAUCUGCACAGCUAUAACUUAUAUCAACAAAGCAAGGCCGUGGACUACCUUGAUGGGUGUUGGCUGGGGAUACGGUGCAAACAUGCUAUCAAAAUACCUGGCCGAGGUUGGGGAGAAAACACCACUGACAGCUGCUACAUGUAUAGACAAUCCUUUUGAUUUAGAUGAAGUAACAAGAACCUUUCCUCAUCACCAAGUUACUGAUCAGAAACUCACUCGUGGACUUGUAGAUAUUCUAAAAACCAAUAAGGCACUAUUCCAAGGCAAAACAAAAGGCUUUGUUGUGGAAAAAGCUCUGCUGGCAAAAUCCAUACGUGAUUUUGAUGAAGCAAUAUCCAUGGUAUCAUAUGGCUUUGUGGACUUGGAAGAAUUUUAUAGAAAAUCUAGCACAACAAAUAUAAUCAAGGAUAUCAAAAUUCCUGUCCUAUUUAUACAGAGUGAUAAUGGGAUGGUUCCAGUAUUCUCAGUUCCACGGAAUCUGAUUGCAGAAAAUCCAUUCACCAGCCUACUCCUAUGUUCUUGUUUACCAUCAAAUGUUAUGGAUACUGAAACAUCUGCUUUAUCAUGGUGUCAGCUUGUAACAGUCGAGUGGCUUGCAGCAGUGGAGCUGGGACUCUUAAAGGGCCGCCAUCCUCUUCUGACAGAUAUAGAUGUUACAAUAAAUCCCUCUAAAGGAUUAGCUGUUGUGGAGGAAGUAAGGACAGAUAAGAGUUCAAAAGUCGGGAAAUUGUCGGGGUCAGAUCCAUAUAAUGGGAACUCUACUGACCCUACUAAAGGUUUGGUUGAAGAAAGUAAGAAUGACGCUGGCUUCCAACAAGAUCUACAACAGAACAUUGAGCAUAGAGAUGUGAGCUUACAGGUAAAAAGUGGCCCAUUACAGCAGAAUAGCUCCAGUGGUACAGAUUUGAUUGGAGAGGAGAAUGCUGCAUCAGUGGAUAGUGAACAAGGCCGUGUUUUGCAGACAGCCCAAGUAGUAACCAAUAUGCUUGAUGUUACCAUGCCUGGUACUCUUACAGAAGAACAGAAGAAAAAGGUAUUAGCUGCUGUGGGUCGGGGUGAGACUCUCAUGAAUGCUUUGGAAGGUGCUGUUCCGGAAGAUGUUCGUGGAAAGUUAAAAGAGGCCGUUGCUGGAAUUUUGCAAGCUCGAGGUUCUGACUUGAAGUUUGAUAAAAUUCUCAGCAUUGCUCAGUCUCCUGAUUCAUCACCAGGGCAUACGAACAAAGAAAAGUUAACAGAAGCAUCAAGUGAAGAAAUUAGGGAAGAUCAGUCCUCUUCAAAUCAGAUGAAAAAUACUAGUAGUUCUAUAGAUGGCUCUGAUAAAGUUGCAAGUGACAAGGGUGAGCCUGCAGAAGGAAUAGAGGCAGAAGUUGUCCGUGUGGAGAAACAUUCUACAAGUUCACCUCAAUCUCAAGAAUCAAACAAUGAAGUUGGUUCUUCUUCGAAGGAAAAUGGCGAGUUUAGAGAAAUUAAUGAUACAAAUGAGGAUUUAAAAGAAAAGGUUGUUCCUGAUAUGGAUCAUAGCGAGAAGGGAUUAGAAACAGGUUCUGAAUCGUAUACUCCCAACCAUCCUGAGAUGGCAGGUGUCUCUGAAGCAGAAGCGGUUACUGAACAGAAAAGCCAAAACAGUGGAGUAGCUCAAACAGAAACAGAGGAAAAUAAUAUCCCGAAGGUUGACCAGAAAAAUCAAGGUUUUUCUAAUGAUCAAAGUAAAACAGCACCGACUGAUGCAAAAGAAGAACCUUCUCCUCUGGUGUCCUCUGAGCACCAGGCAGUGGAUAAAGAAGUUAAUGGUGAUAAAAAUAAAGAUAUUCAGAAUAUACAGCAAGCUUCACCCCAAACUAACACUUCCAGUUCAGUUCCUGGGGCCCCUGGCUUUAGCGUUUCUCAAGCACUUGAAACCUUAACAGGGAUGGAUGAUUCUACCCAAAUGGCUGUUAACAGUGUUUUUGGUGUGAUAGAAAAUAUGCUAUCUCAGCUUGAGAAGAACCCAGAUAAUGAAGCUGAAGUCAAGGAUGAAAAAGCCAUUGAACACAAGCUAGAUGAACAACGAAAAAGUAAUAGCCAGAGCAAUGAUACCAACAUAUCCGGAAAUCCUUCUUUAGAUAAUCACCAUGAUAGCAUGUCCUUGAGGAUUGAUUCUUGUCAUAUGGAAGAACAGCUAAAAACCCUCAACACAACUAAUGGAAGUGGCGUGUGUGAUUCUCAAAAUUGUUACUCUAAUGAUCACCCAGUUAAGAAGCCUAGUAAUACAAAUAGUCAACUGAUUGAUAAAAGAUUUCUCUUUGAUGAAUGGGAUGGACACAGACAUGUGAAUAGGAUGCCAGACUUCAUAGCGGGAGGUUCAUAUAGAUAUGGGAACUCUCCGUACAAAAAUUACCUCCGCAAAUAUCUUGUUUCAGAGAUUCGUGCCAAAUCACUUGAUUUAGACACAACUACUGCAUUAUUUCUUGAUUAUUUCCCAGAAAGUCAGAAACUCUUUGAACAACCACAAAACAUGAAAAUUGCUUCUGCUGAUGCUGAAAUGUAUAAGGAGGUUGGGAGCAAGAUGAAAUCCCACUCAUCUACAAAAUCUUUUGAUGAAAAAGAGUGUAUUGAACCACCAUAUGUGAUAUUAGAUGCAGAAAAGCAACAAGAACCGGUUAAAGAGUUCAUCACUACAGACACUGAGAACGUAAUGAUUCAUACUGGUGAUGACAGGUCAAAAGAGUCUAUUCAAUUUGUGAAAAACAAAGUACUAGAUUCUUUGAAGAUGGAAGUUGGUCGCAAGCUGAAUGCUGCGGAAAUGAUAGAAAUGAAGCCAAAGCUUACCAGAGAUAUGGAACAUGUGGCAAAUACAGUUUCACUAGCUGUUGGAACUAGCAAGGGGCAACUACUCUAUUCCGAAAGUCAAGGCCAUGAUGUUGAGGGUGCUGUAGGAAAGGUUGACACUCUUGACGGGGAACAUAUCAUUAGGGCAAUUUCAUCCUCUGUUAAGCAAACAAGCUGCCUAAGAAAAGUUGUGCCUAUUGGUGUUAUUGUUGGAUCCAUCUUGGCUUCCCUGAGGAAAUAUUUUAAUGUAGCUCCACAUCAAGAAAAUGGCCAGGGAAGAUCUCAUGCCCUUGAUGAUGAGGAGAAACCUGGUGGAAAGAAUUAUGUCAUUGAUGAUGCAACAGAGGCAGUUCAAGUACCAGAUGAGAAAACCAGUUUGGACCAUCCCAUCAAGAGAGAUCUUGUAGGAAGUGAAUUAGAAGAUUCAAACAAAAAUACUUACAUGACUGGUGCGGUUACAGCUGCUAUUGGGGCUUCUGCUUUACUCAUGCAACAGGAGGAUUUACAAGGAGGAAAUGAAAAUCACCAAAAGAAGCCAGAAGAGCUCAAAGAGAAAGUCUCUGAUAAUCAGAGUAACAUAAUCACAAGCCUUGCUGAGAAAGCCAUGUCGGUUGCUAGUCCAGUUGUACCUACCAAAGAAGAUGGUGGAGUGGAUCAAGAUAGACUGGUUACAAUGCUAGCUGAUUUAGGACAAAGAGGUGGCUUGUUGAGGCUAGUUGGAAAAUUUGCUUUGCUAUGGGGUGGUAUCCGUGGUGCAAUGAGUUUGACAGACAAGCUUAUCUCAGUCUUUCAUUUUUCUGAGCGUCCGUUGUUUCAGAGGAUUUUUGGGUUUGCCGGCAUGAUCCUUGUUUUAUGGUCCCCUGUUGCUAUUCCAUUUCUUCCUACAAUUGUUCAGGGUUGGACAACAAACAGCCCUUCCAUAAUAGCCGAGUGUGCCUGCAUUAUUGGCUUGUACAUUGCUAUAAUGAUACUUGUAAUGCUAUGGGGGAAAAGAAUCCGUGGAUUUGAAAAUGCGUUUGAGGAGUAUGGGCUCGGGUUGACUUCACUAAAGUUAAUUGAAUUUUUGAAAGGCUUGGUCGGUGGAGUCAUGUUCAUUUUUUCAAUCCAUGCUGUGAAUGCAUUUCUUGGUUGUGCAAGUUUCUCUUGGCCUCAUAUUCCACCUUCUUUAGAUAUCAUGGCUUGGCUAAAAGUGUAUGGACAAAUGGGCCUGCUAAUUUUUCGAGGAACUGUAAUGGCAAGUGCUAUUUCAUUGGUGGAAGAAUUGCUUUUCAGGUCAUGGUUGCCCCAGGAAAUUGCAGUUGAUUUUGGAUAUCAAAAUGGAAUCAUAAUUUCAGGGCUAGCAUUUUCUUUCUUACAGAGGUCAUUAUCAUCAAUACCAGGACUAUUGCUUUUAUCUCUGUCUUUGUCAGGUGCUCGACAGAGAAAUAGAGAAGGAUGA